GAGCUCCAGCAAAUUAUAUGGUCGCUUGAUUCUGAUUUGAAGUAAUGAUCGUCUUUCUCUCUCUCCUUCAGAUCUGCUGCUGAUGUAGUUGCUGCUUCUGCUGCUGGUGCUAUUUUUCUUCUUUGGAAGUGCUGGAUCUCUGUGCUUCGAGAGCGUUGUUCUAGUAAGAUUUGAGAUUGUUUUGUGACAAUUUCUAAGCACUUUUAGUGGAAGGUUUGGGAUUGUUCUGUGACAAUUUCUAAGCAGUUUUAGUGGAAGAUACGGGGAUUGAGUGGCUUGAAGGGCGAUUAGGGUUUCAAUUUGUUUUUUAGGAAGAGGAUGACUUCGGGGACGAGGCUGCCCACAUGGAAGGAGAGGGAGAACAACAAAAGGAGAGAACGGCGGAGGCGUGCGAUCGCUGCGAAGAUCUACGCUGGCCUGAGGAUGUAUGGGAAUUACAAACUUCCCAAGCACUGCGAUAACAACGAGGUUCUCAAAGCUCUGUGUAACGAGGCUGGAUGGGCCGUCGAGCCUGAUGGCACCACUUACCGAAAGGUACAAUGCUAUUUUGUUUUCACUUUCUCUUCAAUCCCCCCCACCAGCCCCCCCCCCGCCCGUUCUCCCCGCCUUAAAACUGAUUGGGACAAUCAAACCAACACCUUGCAGCCGCCAUGGCCGGUCACUGCAUCACACUAUGCAGCUUUCCUGCAGGGCUCAACGCCGCCCAGCCCUGGACAGAAGGUAAUUCCUGAUCCGGCAUGGCUCUCGGGGAUUCAGAUACCUACCAGCAGCCCAACAUCACCCACCUUCAGCCUUAUUAUGUCGAGCCCCUUUGGGCUUUAUCAGGACGGAGUUCCAAGUGCCGCAUCGUCCAGGAUGUGGACUCCUGGCCAGAGCGGCAUGUGCUCUCCGGUCAUGCCACCGUCGGACGUGCAAAUGUCAGAUGAUGCUUCUGAUGAGUUUGCAUUUGGGAGUUGCAGCAAUGAGAACCAGUUGCAGCAACUGGGAGUGGUGAAGCCAUGGGAAGGAGAGAGGAUUCACGAGGAUUGUGGGUCUGAUGACUUGGAACUCACUCUUGGCAGCUCGAGGACCAGAGCUGACGCUUGAUGAGCUCGCUGUUAUUUAUGUCAGCAACGUUGUAUUCGGAUUAUUUUAUAUCAGAGUUGGUUUAAUUUAACUGUUAUUGCUAAUAUUUGUAGUAAUUAUGAAACAUAUUUGUAUUCCACAUCCAGCUAAUGUAAAUUUCUUUAAAAUUAA